AUGUGGAUCCACAAAAAUGAUAUACUGAGUGCAAUGAUAAAAGAAGGACAGUUAUCGAUAAUGGAACUCGCCAAAAGAAAAAGGGCAAGGAAGAUGGCAGCAGCUAAGACAUUAUGCUCUGAUAUUUCCAAUGAAAUACCUGCUCAUCAAGUGAUCCACCUUUUGCUUGAUAAGGCCGCCAAGCUACAUAAGUAUGAGAAGAAAUCAUUUGAUAUAAAACGCAUUAGUGGAAAUAAGAUUCAACAAAAUGUUCCAUUCUCUCUCUCUCUCCCCCUCUUUUACAAGAAACGGAUGAGUUUUCGUUGGAGUAAGGAAAAGUACGAGCUUUUAACUGAAAGAGAAAAGACUUUACUAGCUGAAACUGACUUAGAAGUCUUGACACAUGAACUGCAUGAUCUACGCAAAAGAGAAAUCCUUCACCGUCGUUGGACAAAGGAUGUCUAUGACCCCCUAAAAAAGAAUUUAGGUGGAGCAGUUGAUGAACUCCAUUGGACAUCUGUUGAAGCCAUGAGACAUCAGAUGCAUAAACUCUAUCUGCAGUAUGUCAACACAAAGGGCCAUGCAUUUCUUGAUAUCUUAAACCCAAAAGAAUAUCCCAAAUACACUUUUUCUUAUGGCGUACCGUCCAAGAUUAAAGGCAAGGUCGGGCCUGAUCCUCUGUCUUACCAAAAAAAUCAGUGUUUUGAAGAGGAUCGUGUGAUCUUGCGUUGUGAAACUGGCAUGAAAUACAAUGAUACUGACUUGGAACAGAUAAAGCAAAAUUCUUUGCCACAAGCACCUCUUGGACGAGACAGCACUAACUGCAACAAGUGGCAGCAAACUCCUCUCCUAAACAUUAAUAGUACACCUCGUGAAGCCAGCAGGUAG